AAAAGAAAUAAAAUCAUGAAACCCUUUCCCCCAAUUCAAUUCAACGCCCGACCGGUGCUGACGUUACACGCUUUCCCUCUUUUCAUUCUCUCCCAUUUCCCCCUUUAGAUCUUACCUUUCCUCUUCCUCUUCUCCUCUGAUUAACGCUCGCAGAGGGAUAGUGUGUUGUUUGCUUCGAUGGCUGCUCCUCCUGCUAGAGCUCGUGCUGAUUACGAUUACCUCAUUAAACUUCUCCUAAUCGGUGAUAGCGGUGUGGGUAAAAGUUGUCUUCUAUUACGUUUCUCUGAUGGGUCUUUUACAACUAGUUUUAUCACGACCAUUGGCAUUGAUUUCAAAAUAAGGACCAUUGAGCUUGAUGGAAAACGAAUCAAAUUGCAAAUAUGGGAUACCGCCGGUCAAGAGCGUUUCCGAACUAUCACAACGGCUUACUACCGUGGAGCCAUGGGUAUUUUGCUUGUAUACGACGUUACUGAUGAAUCUUCUUUUAACAAUAUCAGGAAUUGGAUUCGUAACAUUGAGCAGCAUGCUUCUGACAAUGUUAACAAGAUACUGGUAGGCAACAAAGCUGAUAUGGAUGAAAGCAAACGGGCUGUGCCAACUUCUAAGGGUCAAGCACUUGCAGAUGAAUAUGGUAUCAAGUUUUUUGAGACUAGUGCAAAAACAAAUCUGAAUGUCGAGGAGGUUUUCUUUUCAAUAGCUCGGGACAUCAAGCAAAGACUUGCAGACACUGACUCAAAAUCUGAGCCCCAGACAAUCAAGAUUAACCAACCAGACCAGGGAGCAGGAGCUGCUCAGGCGGCCCAAAAAUCUGCAUGCUGUGGUUGAGGGCAUACAUUUGACUGAGAAAUUUAAUUUUGUCAGUGACUCUGUCAUUAGUGCCUGUACGAUUCAUAUUAUUUUAACAGUUGCUACUCAUUGGUGUGAAUGGUAGAUUUUCCCUGUGUUGGGAAAUUAAUUAUGUCAAUUUGUUGUUGCUUAAACUAACUUUCAGGAGCUUGGUCAUGCACAUCGCCUUUCUCAAAACCAAGAAGGCUCAAAGCAUGAACCACAGACUGCACCUGGCUAUUAUGGUCAUGGUGUUUGUUGUUAACACUUAUGGUAUUCUUAAAUUUCUGAAUAUGUGUGAAUAUAGAUCAAACCUAUGUUGUUGUUAGACA